UAUAACAGUGCGUCUAGACUUCAAGACAGACAUGUCCAAAAUUGUCUUUGUUCUCCUACUGUUUGCAGUUCUGAUAGCUGAUAAUUCAGCAAGAGAGAUUCAACGUACUAAACGGCAACCGCCACCAGUAAUCGGAGGACUAGCUGGGAUACGUCCAGGAAUUGGUAUCGGACCAGGAGACAAAAUACAAAUACAUCCGCCACCAGGAGACAGAAUACAAAUACAGCCACCACGAGGAGACAGAAUACAGAUACAGCCGCCAGGACCAAUGAUCGGAGGACCUGCUGGUAUUAGACCGGGAAUAGGAGGUCCAGGCCCAGUAAUUGGAGGGCAGGCCGGCAUAAGACCAGGAUUGGGAGGUCCAGGUCCAAUAACAAUUGGAGGAGGAGCUGCUAUUAGACCGCUGGCGUGAUAAGAUUGACGCUUAGAAAUUAUGAUUAUCAUUUGAAA